AUGGAGGAACAUAUUAAACGAAUGGAUUUCAUGUUUGGAGAAUUCCAUGCUGCUGUGACCUAUCUAUCCCAACCUUGUCAAAACGACCGUGGGUCAAAGCAACAAAAGUGCAACCACUGUGAGAAUGACGACGGACCAUUUCAGGAGUGUGUUGUGCUUGCCGACCAGUACCAAGACCGGUGUGCCAACUGCAUUAUGAACAAGCGACGCGAUUGUUCAUAUACAACAAGCUAUGUCGAGCCGGAUGAUGCCGAGUAUCAGCCCUCACCUUCGCAAAGACGCCAGCAAAGACUACAGCGACAACAAUUAGAGCGCCCACAGCGACAGCAACGCUUAACGGACUAUGAUGAUCAGCAGUCCCAACUUUUGCAAAGGCGUCGGCAAAGACUACGGCGACGACAAUCAGAACGCUCACAGCUACAGCAGCGGACGGAUUAUGGCACUGAAGGUAACCCAAUCGAUCUUACUGAUGAUUAA